AUGUCUGGGUUCGCCUGGCGGGAUGCAAGGAAUGGCGCUCAGCGCGACAGCUGGUGGCGAAGUGAGGCGUGUUUUCUCGUAGCCUCCCAUGUGCUGCUGUUUGCUUCAGCCAAUUGGUUCUUUGCAAAGCUUCUGUACCGAGACUACGAGGUGAAGCAGCGAUACAUCCAGCUUCUUUUCGCCGCAACCUUCGCAGCAUCUUCCUCUAUGUUUGAGCUGAUGUUGGCCACGGUGGCUGGAUUUCUGGAUCCGGAUGUCCGUGCUGUGGCUUGGAAGGUGGAUCACUGGACGCUAAUUUGGCUUGCCUAUGUUGCCUUGCCAGCAUGCUUUGUGUGGACAUCUGUGCGAUCCAUUUGCUACGGCUCUCACCGUCUCGCCUUCGCUUCGGCCGUCCUUUCGCUACCUCCGUUCUGGUACGCGAUAUACAUCUCGGGUCGGUUGAUUCACAUAGACUCUGUCAGUUUCUCUGCCGACCUGUUGAUGGCUCGUAUCGGAGUGUUAGGAGUCACGGUUGUGGCGACAUUGAGUGGCUUCGGUGCCGUGAACUUUCCCUUCCAAAGCAUGCACUCGUUCCUUCGACCUGUCACACAGCAGCAGGUCGCGGAUGUUGAGCAGCGCUUGUUAAGGACCAUGAGGUUAAUCUCGGCAAGAAAGCGGCAGGAGCUGACCUUGAAGCAGGAGGAGAGCCGACUGAGCGCCAGGGAGGAACCACUCUCCAUUGUUGGGCGCGUGGCCCAACUGGUGCAGAGGCCUUUGCUCUCACUGGAGGCCCUGGGCUUGAAUGUCCGUGGAGGAUCAGCCACUCGAAAACAGCUGAGCACCGAGAUUCAGGCGCUCGAAGCCUUCAGCCGUGAGUUGUUCGUAGAGCUGGACGAGCUCAUUCAGGCCCGCCUAUGCGAGCUCAAAGCCCGCACUAUGCUUGGCAGGGUCAUGAAUGUUUUGGGGCGGUGCUGUUCUGCCAUAUGCGUGUACAAGAUACUGAUGUCCUCCCUCAAUCUCUUGCUUAGGCGCGGCAGCGCACAGGCCGAGGAUCCUGCGACCAGGUUGUUGACGAUCCUUCUCCUAAACCUCCGAGUUCCUGUGGACGUCUCCUACUGGGCACCAAUGCUGUCGUUGAUUUUCGACUUGAUCAUUUCGGUGCCUGUAUGGACGUGCAGAAAGACGAAGGAAAGCAUCUGCCAAUUGCUCUUCGAAGACUUCGCAGCGAAAUCUGUUUGCCUGGUUAGUUCAGCAUUUCUGGUUGGCCUUGCAGCCCGGAGUUCGACUGCAUUGGUCGUAGAUAUCGGUGCAACAGGAACGACUGUGACACCAGUGGAAGAUGGCUAUCCGUUGACCGAGUGCAUCGUGCACAGCUCCGUGGGGGGAAACGUACUGGAUAUGGCAAUGUUCCAGCUCCUCCAAGAUGCCGGCGCUGUGCUGCCCGACGGCUUGUCUGGAGCUGAAGCUGGGAAAAUAGCGAAAGAGCAGUUGGCUUGGGUGGCACAAGACUUCACCCUUGAACUGCAGAACUUGAAGCGAAUGGACGUGCCAAAGCAGCCACCAAAGCCAAGCAUGUGCCACUUUGUGGGCACAGGCAAUCGCUGUAUUUUUCAGGCCAGCCGAGGAGAAGGCUUCAGAUGCGCAGAGUCUUUAUUCGACCCGACCGUUUGUCGAGUGCCUGGUGCUGACACGAUGCCACAGAAAUCGCAGACAUUGCCGGAGAUGGUGCUGGCAAGUUUGCGGCUGCAGAGCAACAUCAACGUUCGUGGUCAGCUUCUGCAGAACGUUAUACUCGUUGGAGGCAUGUCGCAGUUGCCAGGUCUCCAAGAGCGACUGGCUACCGAGAUCAGGCACUGCAGCCGCUGGGUGGCACCCGGCCAAAGUCAAGAAAUUGUCAAGGUUUGUGCGCCAGAACCUGGAUCGAUUCAAGCAUGGAUUGGUGGAUCGCUGUUGGCACAGUGCGAAGUGAUCAAAGAUCUUGUCGUCAGCCGAGAAGCAUACCAACGUUCUGGCCCAGAGAUGGUACAUUCCCUCUUCAUCUGA